UUCUCGAUCCGGAUACCAUUCCAUAUUUUUAACUCGUAUCACAGGGCGCUGCCAUAUUUGUGUCAUUGAACAGCCUUUCGCUAGCAGGGGUCGUUUCGAAGCGUAACCUGCCAACUGACCAGGAUGCUGCUUCUGACGCCCGUCAGGAGGGCGUUGUCGGCUCACAGCCUGCUGAAGACUGCGUUGAGAGCCAACUCGACAGGUGCCCCAGAGAAAAUAGAAGUAUUUGUUGAUGACAAGAGUGUGCUUGUAGAACCAGGCAUCACAGUGCUACAGGCCUGUGCAGAAGGUGGUGUGGAGAUUCCCCGGUUCUGCUACCAUGACCGCCUCUCCAUCGCUGGGAACUGCAGGAUGUGUCUAGUAGAGGUGGAAAAGUCUCCCAAGCCGAUUGCCUCGUGUGCGAUGCCAGUGAUGAAAGGGAUGAAGAUCAAGACCGACUCACCUGUCACCAGGAAGGCAAGGGAAGGUGUGAUGGAGUUUCUACUGGUGAACCAUCCCCUUGACUGUCCCAUCUGUGAUCAGGGAGGAGAGUGUGAUCUACAAGACCAGUCGAUGGCCUUCGGGAGUGACAGAAGCAGAUUCACAGAUACUCAUUUCACUGGCAAGAGAGCUGUUGAAGACAAGAAUGUUGGCCCCUUGGUGAAGACGAUCAUGACCAGGUGUAUUCAUUGUACACGGUGUAUCAGGUUUGCUAGUGAGGUGGCUGGUGUUGAUGACCUUGGCACCACAGGCCGGGGAAACGACAUGCAGGUCGGUACAUACGUCGAGAAGAUGUUCAAGUCGGAAUUGUCAGGCAAUGUUAUUGACCUGUGUCCUGUUGGAGCUCUCACGUCCAAGCCCUACGCCUUCACAGCCAGACCCUGGGAGACCAAAAAGGUUGAGAGUAUAGAUGUGAUGGAUGGUUUGGGAAGCAACAUCGUUGUCACCAUGAGGACCAAUGAAGUGAUGAGAAUCGUCCCGCGCAUGAAUGAGGAAAUCAAUGAAGAAUGGAUCUCCGAUAAGACGAGGUUUGCGUAUGACGGCCUGAAGCGCCAGCGCUUGACUUCACCAUUUGUGAAGAACAGUCAGGGAAAUCUGGUGGCCACAGACUGGGAGAAUGCUUUCAUCAGGGUGGCACAGAAGCUCCGAGAAGUGAGUGGAGACCAGGUGGCAGCUGUAGCCGGGGGUCAGGUGGAUGCUGAGGCCCUCAUCAGUCUCAAGGACCUCCUCAACAGACUGGGCAGCGAGGGACUCUGUACAGAGGAGAUCUUCCCCAUGGAUGGAGCUGGCACGGACCUGCGGUCCAACUACCUUCUCAACACGGGCAUCGCUGGCGUAGAGGAGGCCGAUCUUGUAUUGCUGGUCGGGACCAACCCCCGCUACGAGGCGCCCAUCUUCAACGCCAGGAUCAGGAAGAGCUGGAUCCACAAUGACCUGCGGGUCGCGAUGGUGGGGACGCCAGUGGAUCUGACGUAUGAGUAUGAUCAACUCGGUGAUACAGCCUCAGUGUUGGAGAGCCUGGCCAGUGGCAAGCAUCCCUUCUGUCAGACACUGAAUGCUGCCAAGAAGCCCAUCAUUGUUGUGGGUAGUGGGUUGCUGCAGAGGGAGGAUGGUGCCGCGAUACAUGCCGCCGUGUCAACGCUGGCGGAGAGUGUCCGCUCCAGCUGUGGGUGUGGCCCGGACUGGAAAGUGCUCAACGUGCUACACAGGGUGGCCAGCCAGGUGGCAGCACUUGACCUCGGCUACAAGGCUGGCGUGGACCACAUCCGACAGAAUCCUCCGAAGGUCCUGUUCCUUCUGGGAGCGGACGAGGGGGCAAUCACACGAGAAGACCUACCCAAAGACUGCUUUGUUGUAUACCAGGGUCACCAUGGCGACAGAGGAGCUGAGAUGGCGGACGUGAUACUCCCCGGAGCAGCAUACACGGAGAAGGAUGUGACGUACGUCAACACAGAGGGCCGCGCACAGCUGACGAGGACGGCGGUCACACCUCCAGGCCUUGCUCGGGUCGACUGGAAGAUCAUCAGAGCCCUGUCAGAGAUGGUUGGAGUGACCUUGCCCUAUGACAAGAUCACAGAGGUGAGACGGAGGCUGGGGGAAGUCGCCCCCAACCUGGCACGGGUCGGCGACGUGGAAGACGCUAACUACUUCACACAAGCACAGCAGCUGGCACAAUUGGGGAAGAAGCCUCUUGGAGCCAGCCCCCUGACCCCAUCUCAGCAAGACCUGAAGGAUUUCUACAUGACCGAUUCCAUCAGCCGCGCCUCGCAGACAAUGGCCAAGUGUGUACAAGCCUCCAGUGAGCCUAACAAAUACUGAACUUCUGCAUAGACAAGCUGUACAUCACUGUACAUCAAGGCAUCUCACUGGGCAGUCAGACCUCUAUUCUGAUUGGAUAAGGGAUGGUGUAAUGUUUCAUCUUCUUAUCUGAUUGGCCAAAAAAGUUUAGGGAAGGAUUGAAAAAUAUACUUUUGCAUAAAGUGCUGUUGACUCAAUUUAACAACAAAUAUGAAAUUUUUGUUGUGCUUUGUAGUCUUUGAUGGGUUAAUAUGAAUGAUGUCAUUUAGAGCAUCUGUAUUAAUAUUUCUUAGACCUUCCAUUGUUUUGAACCUUUCCAGUCUUCAGGUUGAAGUGUAUGCGAAGUGCUACAGAUCAUCCAGGCCUGUUACUGGUGAUGCGAGGAAGCCCAGUUCAGACUGUAUAUAUUUUCCAUAGUAUUUAUGGAUGGGCAUAUUUUAGUGAAAAAGAUGGUUUGUGAAUUGAAGUUGUUAAUGAACAUUUGUAAAAUAAAGAAUAUGUGGAUAUAGUA